AAUGAAAGAUCUUCCGAUAAUGUAAAUAAAUUCUGGAUAACGGUUGACGAAGAACUAAUUAAUAGCAAAAUCAAACAUGAAGAGAACGAAUAUGAUUUAACUUUGACAACUAAUGUCAAAAGUGUGUGGCAAAGAAUAACCGAUGAGAGCAACUUGAAUGACACUGGAACGCCUGAUGAAAACAAUUCAGAUAAAUCUUAUCAUCCAAACAUUAAGAAAUCGGCAUUAAGCGAGGGUGCAAAAAAGUGGGUUAUCGAUACAUUUGAUGUUUCGAGUUUAUUGCUAGAAUAUCGUGAUAUGUCUGUUCAAAAAGCUUUCGAGAAUAAAAUAGAAGAGAUCGCAAGUGAGAAUUUUGGAAAUUGCAAGCCAUUAUUGAGAAAAUGGCAAAAAGAUCUCGAUGAUGAUCAGGAUGAUAUAAUUUUAGAAAUAUUCAAAUCAAUGGAAGGUUUAAAGGAGGAUUCUUUCGUGCAUGAAGUUUUUGAACCCUUGUUAUUGAAUUAUUUUAGGUCAACAGAUGUUCUGGAAGCAUCUGCACACAGAAAACACAAAUUUGACCCUUCAUUAUAUGGACGAAAAGCAGAUUUUUCAAUUUAUGUACCUGUUAAAGGUUUUCAAUGUCAGCUAUUUGCAAUGGAUUUAAAAUACGAGGCUGUAUACUGGAUGAUCCUUUUAGGGAAAUUUUAUCUUCCUAAAAAUAAUUCGGAUCUUGGAGUGCUUUCUGCUUCAGUUGAACGUCUUAUGCAAAUGAAGGUUAGUUCCCCAGAGGAAUUAACAUAA